AUGAACAGUACCCAAGGAAUAGAAUGGAUUAAAGUAACCUCGGUUGAGGAAACCAAUCCCAUGAACAGUACCCAGCACUAUGUUAGAACUGAAAUCGAUGAUGGUGGCGGCGGCUUUAAUUUUAGUAUAGGUGAUGAUGGUGAUGGCUUUGAUUCACGUAAAAACAUCGAAGGAGGUGGUGCUUGUGAUAACAGUAAAGCGACAAGGGGUGAUGGUUGGAUUCACGUCAUAGAGAUGAUGAAGGGGAUCGACAAUUUAGGGGGCGGUGGUGACAAUGGAGAACAUUGGUGGUUGACGGUGGGCGAUUCUUUCCCUUCUACUCUCUUCCUUGGUGGUGGUUGA